AUGGUGCAAAACCUGGGUAGGCGGUGGGACGACCACGGCGCUGGGCAGGCGGGCAAGACCCGCGAUCUGCGGCUGGAGGGGUCGCCCAUCAUAGCGGCUAACUUUUACACGAUUCACACCGUGCUCAACCGCUACCACCACAAGAGUACGACCCAUUGGGAGGUGAUCGAGCAGGGGGUCGAUUGUGCGGUGCGCCUGCUGCGUGCGCUGCACACCUACGCCGGCGUGGACACGCGCCAGAGCGUGAGCGGGCUGCUCGACCGCUGGCAAGCCGUGGAGAAGAUAGGCCACUCUGCCUACGACCACAGCGUCAAGAUCGCUGUGGAAGAUGUAACGGAUGAUAGGAGCCGCGCGAGCGGUUCGUGUGGGCCAAGGCUGCUGCUGCGGAACCUGCCGGCGGAAGCGAGCGUGCGCGCCGUGAUAUGGGCGCUCCAGGCUCAGGACGUGGAUGUGGCCGAAUCCCAGGUCCACCUCGCCGGCACGGCGGGAGGCCCCGAGGCCGAGGAAGGCGACGACGGGGCUGGCGUCGCACCAUCGGAGGCGUUCGUCGAGCUCAACUCGGCCGACGAGCAGCGGGCUCUGCUCGAGCUCGGCACCAUUACCAUCAAGCGUACACCGGUGGAGCUGGUGAAGCCGGAGGAGACGCGGGAGGUGGUGCUCUACUUACACAAGCGGCUGUCGGCGGAGAUCAUAGCCGGCGCGUGGGAGAACGAGUUCGGCCAGGUCCUGGCCGAGGGCGCUGUCGAGUACGCCGACGCGGCGGGCCACGUGACCGUGGUGCGCCUCACGCCUGAGCAGUUCGCCGAAGUCGAGGGCAAGACGAUCACGCUCCUCCGCGCCGACGUGCAGCUGCUGCCCUGGCGCCCCGCCCACGCCGUCAAGCUCCAGCUGCCCGCAGCCGACAUGUCCGCCUACAGCGUGCGGUCGAUCGUGGCGCGCAAUCUCGACGGAGCGGCGGCGGCGAUCGAGGCCCUGGUCCUGUUGGACGCGCGGUCGUGUGCGUUCGUGCACCUGGCCAGCCCGGCCGCCAAAGCGCAGCUGCUCCAGAAGAAGCACCUGGACGCGUCCGACACUGUGCCGUCGACUAUCCCGCCGGCCUCGCCGACCACCACCAGUCCCUCGUCGGCCACCACUACCACCGCCACCAAGCACCAGGAUCAUGCGGUGCCGAUGCAAGCAACGACCGCGGCAGUGCCGGCCACCAGCCCAGCGGCGGUGGCGGCAGCGGCGGCGGGAGUAGAAUUGGAGUUAAAAACAGAAGGCGGCGCCAACUCCGAAUCGACGCCGGACCGCACGCCGGUGGGGGAGGCGAGUGGAACGCCGCCUACUGGGGAGUGGCGGGUGCUUGCGCUGUCACCGCUGCCGGGCGCGGCGGAGGCAGGCACGCAGGUAGCCGAGCUGAUGCGCGCCCAGCUCGGCAUUGAGCCCAAGUUCAUCAGCGUCCUCCGCUACAAGGCCUACGUCCGCUACCACCCCUCCCCAUCCGAUCCGGUCAUCGCUGUCGGUCAGACCGUGACCCACAACGGAGCUUUGGUGAAUGUGGAAACGAUUGCAGGCGACCUGCCCUGCUGGCGGAUCGGCAUACGGACCGGGGCGCUGCCGGGCAAACCCCACAACGCCCACGUCGCCGUGCCCGCUUUUCUCCAAUUCCUCGCGAACUCCGCUCCGCUCGUGGGUCGGUCCUGCAUCACGCCAAUCGACGAGGCCACCGUGGAGAUUGGCACCGAGGCUCUCUUCAAGCAGCUCCUGGCCCUGCAGAGCCAGACUAUGAAUGGUGUCGCGUUGACCUUCUUCGACGCUCGGCUCGAUCGGACCGAGCAACUGGACGACGUGGCGCUGGUCUACUACCUCACCAUGAAGAAGAAGGGCAAGCCGGUGCUGUCCGGCAUCGAGAAAGUGUACUCGGUCACCACCACUGCCUUCUGGGUCUACGCCUCGCCUACCGCCACGUCAUCCACCACCGCCGCCGCAUCCAAUCCCGGCGCGGCCCGCGCGAAAGUGGCGUUCGUGCGCAUCGUCGGCCAAUCGCCCGAGUCGGUCGACGCGGCGUGGAAGCGGCUCUGCGCGCACCUGGCCACGGUGGUGCGCCGCCGGACGCAGUUCACGUUCCUCCGGGAGGAGGUUCUGUUCCGCGCCUGCUUCAAGCGCAAGCUCAAGCCGCUCUUCUGGCGCUACGCCUCGACGGCCAUGCACGUGGACGACCCCGAAGACGGCGGCGUCGCGCAGUCGGUGGUGGUGAUCCACAUCGUCGGCCCCAGCGCGCAGGAGGUGGCCCGGCUGGCGCAGGAGCCCAACCACAUCCGCACGCGGCUCGUGGGCGAGCGCUCGCAGCCGCCCCAAGCCCAGCGCGAGUUCACAAAGACCAUCGAGUUCGCGCCGAUCGAGGCGGCGGCGGUGCAGCGACUCAACCUGAGCGUGGUGCGGUCCAAGUUCGGGGUGUACACUAAGGUCAACAUGGCCAAGCGGACCAUCACCUUCACCGGCCCCGUCGCGCCCGCCCUGGAGACCGCCAGCAGCUUCGUCAGGUGGUUCAUCAACAACGGCACCCGCAUGCAGAAGAAGCCAGCGGUCGCGGCCACCCCCUCGGGCGGCACCACCGCCUCCACCACCACCUCUACCACUACCAAGCCCUUCGUUUUUGGUGCCGACACUCUUACGAGUUGA